GCGGGGGAAGUCACGUGAUGUUUGGUUUUCUUCUUCUCUCUCGCUCGUUCGGCUGUGGUUCCCUUUGGAAGAACUGCUUCCGGGUCAAUCCCGGACGGAUGGACGGACGGAGGAGGGAGAGCCCCCAGCCUUGGUCCGCAACUCACCUGGAAAUGUGAUGUUUCUCCUCUGAAAAAAAAUGAAGGGCUGAAUAGAUUCUGCUGAGAGUCACACCUGUUAUCCUAGGGAGAGCUGAUGCUGCAACCAGUAAAAUUUCAAGAAGGGACCAUGGAUCAGCCUACUGGGAGAAGUUUCAUGCAAGUUCUUUGUGAGAAAUACAGCCCUGAAAACUUUCCAUACCGUCGUGGUCCUGGGAUGGGCGUGCAUGUCCCAGCUACACCUCAGGGUUCACCUAUGAAAGACCGUCUCAACCUCCCAAGCGUCCUGGUUUUGAACAGCUGCGGAAUAACCUGUGCAGGGGAUGAAAAUGAGAUUGCUGCCUUCUGUGCUCACGUGUCUGAACUCGAUCUGUCUGACAACAAACUGGAAGACUGGCACGAGGUCAGUAAAAUUGUGUCAAAUGUCCCCCACUUGGAGUUUCUAAACCUGAGUUCCAAUCCUCUGAAUUUGUCGGUUUUAGAGAGGGGAUGUGCUGGUUCUUUCUCCGGCGUUCGCAAACUUGUGCUCAACAACAGUAAAGCUUCCUGGGAAACAGUCCAUACGAUACUGCAAGAAUUACCAGACUUGGAGGAACUCUUCCUGUGCCUUAACGACUAUAAAACAGUGUCUUGUUCUCCAGUUUGUUGUCACUCUCUCAAGUUACUCCACAUCACUGACAAUAAUCUCAAGGACUGGACGGAAAUCCGAAAGUUGGGGGUCAUGUUUCCAUCGCUAGACACACUUGUUUUGGCUAAUAACUACCUAACAACCAUUGAGGACCCGGAAGAUGCCUUGGCAAGGCUGUUCCCAAAUUUGCGAUCCAUCAGUCUGCACAAGUCAGCAGGUCUGCAUUCCUGGGAAGACAUUGACAAGCUCAAUUCUUUCCCCAAGCUUGAGGAAGUGAGGUUGUUGGGCAUUCCUCUCCUUCAGCCAUACACCAAUGAGGAGCGCAGGAAGCUGGUAAUAGCAAGGUUACCAUCUAUCACUAAGCUGAAUGGAAGUGUCAUUGUGGAAGGGGAGCGAGAAGAUGCUGAGAGGUUUUUCAUUCGUUAUUACAUAGAUUUUCCUCAAGAAGAAGCCCCUUUCAGGUAUCAUAAACUAGUGACAAAAUACGGGAAGCUGGAAAAGCUAGCCGUUGUUGACCUACGGCCCCAGAGCAGCGCGAAAGUUGAAGUUCACUUCAAAGACCAGGUGGAGGAGAUGACCAUCCGCCUGGAUCAGACGGUAGCAGAAUUAAAGAAACAACUGAAAGGGCUGGUCCAGUUGCCAACCAGCAGCAUGCUAGUCACCCACUUGGACCAUGAAGCUCCCUUUGGUCCUGAAGAAAUGAAGUACAACUCGCGGGCGCUGCAUUCUUACGGCAUUCGGGAUGGAGAUAAAAUCUAUGUGGACUCAAAGGCCAAAUAGCCCUCCCCUUCCCCCAAGCUUCAGGUGGUGCAUGACCACACACUCCACCCCGUGCACGCAAUUGAGGACUUUUCUGCAGAGGAGGAAGGGAAGGGUGGGGAUUUUGUUUUGGUUUGCCCAGUUGAGGGUUGGUUUUAUGUACAUCCCAGGUAAUUUCUCUAGCCCAGGUUUUUAGCAGGCCCAGAUCAGUGAGACUUAGCAUCAUGAUCCAGCCCAGAUGGUGAUGGUUUUAAGAGGAGGUGACCAACUUCAACCGUGUGUGCGGCUUUUUCUUUGGUUUCUCCGCUGUACUUAUGAACUUAGCACAAAAGGUUUGCUUCAAAGCCCAGAGGGUUAUUAAUUCUCACCCAGUCACAGAGUUGGACCCUUCAGAACAUACAUUUAGGUACACGGUUAAACAAAGAAGAUUUUACAGGGCUCAUGUUGACUCGGGGUGGACUCAGAUUUCAGAUGGCCGCAUUGCCAUCUAUUCACCUGGGUGGCCUGCCAUCUCUUUGUUACCCAAGAUCAGUUUGGAAAGCGGGGUGGGGGGUGGGGGACCUGUGAGUUGUGUUCUACAAGACGUAUGUCUGUGGAAUAUCCAGUGCCCUUCUGUAAGCAAGCUAAAGACAAUUUAAAAAAAAAAUCUGAUAAGAGACACACACGUGUAUUAGCACACUGCAGCUUCUAAAGCACAGUAACCAGGAGACGUUGCUAAACGAUGAUCACUUGGAUAAACUUUUUGGCUGGCUUGCUUGCUCUCUAAAAUCAAGUGGGGGCCAGCUGGGCACAGAAAACACCAAGCAUUAAAUGGAAGCACUUUUCAUUAUGGGUCAGUGCACCAGCCGCAAUGCAGUAUGUUAACUGUUUUAGGAAGGUUCGCUCCCCAUUUGGUUGAAAUAUCCCUCAAGUCCGAAACAGCUGGUAUGAUUCUUCUCAUCUGGUUGUUGGCUGAAGGAUCUCCAAAACCUUUAUGUUUUGUGUGUGUGUGUGUGCUCUAAUAGUAUUAAUUUUGUAUUUUUCUCCUCCCUUCCUCCUCCCAGAAGCUGUGCCCCUCUCCCUCCUCCCAUUUUCAGUGUUAUCCUUACAGUAAAUGUGUGAGUUGGGGUUGAUUUUGAAGUAAGGAUUGGCAUGAGGGCACCCAGGGAGUUGAGCUGAGUUUGAAUAAGAUUUUCUGUAGUUGCAGGACUACACUAACUGCACUAGGGCAGAAACCAAAGUUGGGAGUCCAAAUGUUUGAUCAUACUUAGCACUUUUCAACGCCAGUAUAGAAGUGGCUGGGCCUUUUGAGGAGGGUGUCAGCAAGUCACUGUGUUGAGCUUGCCUUCUUCCCAUCCAAAGAUGUGUCUAAAACUGCAGCAAGAUGGGCUUCUCUUGCACCCCACUGAAAGCAAAUCUCCAGUGGUUGGGGAAAAGAAUGUGCUUCAGUUGUUUCUUUAAAAUAAUUGGGGAGCUGUCAUUAAGGGUAUGUCACAUACUGUCCACUGUAGACAACCUUUCCACAUACUUUUCCUCCCCAUGCUGUUUAAUGUGGCUAUGUUCUAGGAAAUCAUUUGUUUUCUUUUUUAAAAAAAUACAUUACUUUGUUAAGUCAGGUGGGGAUUUUUCUAAGCAGCAACCUCCUUUGCUUAUCUGUCAGCUUGACUAAUUGAAAACUGGAAAAUCGCUCUGUUUUUACACACGUCCAUUUUGAAAAAAGGGGCCAGGAGUGGAGAUCUUCCGUCAUUCACCCCAGGCAGUGUUGCUGGGCUCUUGUUACUUAUGAACUUUUGACUUUAGUUACUUAGCUUCCUUGCCCCAACAUGCAGGGUUUCCUUCCCAUGAUGCAUCUUUACUCUCUUGGGGGUUCUUUAUUCAUAUAUACCCAAGAGCUUGUGUAAUUCUCUUCCUACAGCUAACAUCUGCAGCGUGGGAAAGCAAAACAAUAAUCUUGUUGGGGUUUUUUAAUAAUGGUAGAGGAGGAGACGUUCUUUUGAGACAAAUCAAAAGUUCUUCUCUGUCCCGUUGGAUAGCAAAAUGCCUCUUUAUGACCUGGCAGUGGAGCUCCAAAGCAGCGCUUCAAUGUACAACGGUGUGUGUAUAUGUGUGUGUGUGUAUAUAUAUAUUUACACAUAGCAGGAAAUGGUCAUGUUAAUAAGAUAUUUUAUUAUAAAGCAAAGUUUUAUUGAAAGAUAGGGUUAUGUAAUAAUAGUAUGCUAUUAUUUUAUCCCUGGACGUACUGUACAAAGUACAGGAGUCCUGCGGUCUGGGUCAGAGGACUGGUUUAGGCGUGAAGGAAUGGCCCAUCUGGUUGUAUAGAACCAUAUUUCUCACCCAUCUCCCUACUCCAAUAUUUAUAGCAUAACACAUUAAAAGAGGUAUUGUAACUACCUGCCAGCUGUGUUCAGUGCAGAAGUGUUGGCAUUUUAGAAGGAACUAUCCCAUAUAUUAAAAUUCUUUGAAGGGAUUCCAUUGACAAUUCAUGUGUCUGUGAGUGUCUCUGCACUCAAAAUAGAAAGGGUAUUAUCAAAAUUAUGUGUGCAAAUCCCAGGGCUUUUUGAUCUCUACACUUCAGUUUUAAAAACUGGAAACGUGUGGCUUGUUUCUAGCCAUGUUACACUUUAGCAACAAAAGCAAUUGGGCCUUGAUACACCUUAAAGACCAAAUAUUUCAUGGGUGGUGGUUCAUUUCAUCAGGUCUGGUGGAAGUGGACAGUAUCCACAAAAGCUUAUGCUAUAAUAAAAUGUGUUGAGAUCUUUUAA